AUGCUCGAUGCGAUCCUUGAAACCAUCAACGUCGACGCAACUGUCACUGUCACCGGGAUGACUGCCCUCCUCGAGCGCCACGAAACGGGAAGGAUCCAAUUGCAAGAGUCAGUGAUCAAGUUCUUGCGAGCUGGGAUUACCAGGAUCAACGAGCAGAGAUCAGCGAAAGAUUCGAUAGUACAGAUUAAGUCAUGGACGGUAACUGCUUGGGAAGUGGAAAGAGGGUUCUUGUUGGGGUCUGAUAUUACAUCUUUUAUUAGAGCUGGGAGAUGGCUGGGGAAAUCGGUGGGGAUCGUGGAGCUGAAAGAUGGUGAAACGACCAUGAGGUUCGUGAAGGCUUGGAAAAAUCUUCGAAGUAAUCGUGUUCAGGGUUUCCUCGGAGCUUCAACCGUCGAUACGCCACCUUUCAUCCUCGUCCAAGCUUCGCAUCUCAAUAUUGUCGAGUACGUCAGAGUGACUGCGCGACCCAAUCAUCGGAAGCUGGUUCUUGACCUCGUCCGUGCCGUUGAAUACCUCCAUACGCGAGUUCCGCCGGUCAUUCAUGGCCAACUGAGACCAGCUGUCGUAGAUAUUGACGAGAACGCAGAAGUAUUUGUUGGAUCUAUUGGUCUCAAACUCCGCGACUUGCGUAUUCGGGAAUCACAACGCGCAGAAAUAGGACAGAUCCUACACAAAUGGACUGCCCCAGAGCUCCUGGAAGAUGGCAGUAUGGCACCUACCACCACCUCAGACAUAUUCUCCAUUGGUGCCAUAAUUUGCGAACUAAUAUCCACUAUCCACGAACGACACCCCACCCAAAAACUCCCCCUCCUAACAUCCCUUUCAAAACAAUGUACCUCUCCCUCUCCUUCCUCCCGUCCCACAAUUCCCCAGCUCAUCGAAACCCUCGAAGGAAAACUCCAGUCGAAAGACGACGAAUCCAUCUCGGAUUUCCUCGCAGUGAUGCCUUCUGCUGAAAACAUCACCGAGCUCACCGGGUUGCAGAACGUUGAUCGGUGGAGGGUGGUCCCGUAUGUGUGUAAAAUCCCAGCCAUGUUCACGGAGCAGAACGAUCGUUUGUAUGUGGCUUCUGCGCCGUUGCAGGGUCUAGAUGAACAUCCUCUUCGACAGCUGUGUGUGGAAGUCAAGUGCCAUGAUCAAGGGAAGGAAAAUACCACUGCUAGUCCAAGAGAUGGAACCUGGACGUGGAUCGAGCUCGUGCUUUUACGAGAAAACGCCGAUGGAAAACGCACUCAAGUUAAUCUCGAGAAAGCUCUCAAAGGACAACCAAGGGGAUUCAUGAUCGAGGACACUCGAUACGAGAUCAUACGUUUGCCAUUCGCUGAUUCUACUCCCCGGGUUCAUCGUGUUAACCUAGAUUGGCGAAAUCCGUUCAUCAAAGUAUGUUUCUGUUUGUCUGCUGUUCUUUCUUGA